CCCCGAAUUCCCACGACAGUUUCCCAUGUUGCUCGUCACGAGUAUGCUGAGAAUCUGGUGAAUACAGCAGACUCGCCAUGACACGCCGCGACCAUGGCUUCACAAGCACUGCGAUUCCCCAGCCGAAUAAGGUCCUCUCAAGCUGCCCGACUAAUCGCCAGAUCUGACCUCGGCACGAAAUUCGCUGACCCUCAUGCACCGAGAUGGCCGUCAUGGGGUAGCACCGCCUUCCCUAUGGGCUCCAGUCGUCACUUUUCCGAGGCGUAACGCGUCUCACCACUCUUUCCAGCACUGUCCUUCGACAGACUGUAGGCAACGAGUCCUGGAGAACCCCGAGGACAAUGCCACUCCCGAAGAGCGAGUAUCUCAGCGAGGUGUGGAAGGAUGGGAUAUUCAACAACAAAGUAGUCUUCUGCACCGGCGGCGCGGGCACCAUAUGCUCCGCCCAAGUCCGCGCCCUCGUCCACCUUGGCGCCAACGCCUGCAUUAUCGGCCGCAACGUCGAGAAGACUGAGAACAUGGCCAAAGACAUUGCCACUGCACGGCCCGGGGCGAAAGUACUCGGGCUUGGAGGCGUAGAUGUGCGGAAACCAGAGGCCCUGAACGAAGCAGCGGCGAAAUGUGUCAAAGAACUUGGAAGCUUAGACUUCUGCAUUGCGGGUGCGGCGGGGAACUUCCUGGCGUCGAUGAACCAGAUCUCGUCCAAUGCCUUCAAGUCGGUUAUAGAGAUUGAUGUGCUAGGGUCGUAUAAUACCGUCAAGGCUACGCUGCCGUACCUACUGGAAUCGGCGGCGAAGUAUACGACCGAUGGGAAGACUCCACCACCCAAUGGAACAGGCGGUCGAAUCAUCUUCGUCAGCGCGACCCUCCACUACGCUGGCACUCCUCUUCAAAGCCAUGUCUCUGUUGCCAAAGCCGGUGUUGAUGCCAUGGCACAUGCAGUGGCCAUUGAGCAAGGCCCACGGGGUGUAACAUCAAACGUCAUUGCGCCUGGUCCCAUCGCGGACACUGAGGGCAUGGCACGGCUAUCCAAAGCCAGCAGUGCGAAGGAUAGCAUGAAGAAGGUGCCUUCUGGCAGAUAUGGCACCGUUAAGGAGAUUGCGGAUGCCACUGUGUAUCUAUUCUCUGAUGCGGGGAACUUUGUGAACGGAGAGAUUCUUGUCGUUGACGGAGGCGCAUGGCACACCGCUUUCGGUGGCACUGAAGAGUCGUUCAAGUACCCAGACUUCUUGCUCACAGAUGAGGUGGUUACGGGCGUGGCGGGCGGUAAAAAGUCUAAGUUGUGAGAUGUAUUCUUGGCUAGCUUUGACUGUUUACAUAUGGCUAGAGAACCAAUUCAGACCUUGUCUACUAAAGAGAACUAGUGAGGUGCAGGCAAACCGACGAUUUAGAAAUAACGAACGUCAAAGUUGAAACACAUCUGUCAUGUUUUCAAAAUAAAGCUAGUAUUUGGAGUAAUGGAAGUAAUGGGAUGCAGGAGUAUUAAGCUACCUGCUGUUUCUAAGACGGAUGUACAAAUGUUUUGACAACGUGAACACGAUAUUAAGGGCCU